CUCUACAAAACUUUGAUGUUUGUUCACCUGGCCUGCCCCCCUGUCUCGGUCAUGACAUCUUUGAGGGUGUCCUCUCAUACGAUGUUGCUCUUUACCUCAAGUAUUCCAUCAAAAAAAAAAAAUGGUUCACCUACACAAUUUUGAACAGGCGAAUCAAGCAGUUAAAAUACAAAGCAACAGAUGCUUCCUCCAAACCUUGUGAGGUCAGUCCUCACACACUGAAACUGAUUGGACAUGUUGUCCAAAAUUGGAACUUCUUGAGACUGUUGCCUCUGAUAAUUGGAGACAAAGUGCAGGACCCCGAAGAUAAUGUGUGGCAGUUAAUUUUGCAGCUUAAGGACAUUGUUGACCUGAUUUGUGCUCAGCAAAUUUCCAAGGCUCAGGUUGCCUAUCUAGAUGUUCUCAUCCAAGAAUAUUUGGAAACCAGGAAGGCACUACUUCCAGAAAUCAACUUGAGACCUAAACACCAUUUUUUGCGGCAUUAUCCAGGACUGAUCCUGAAAUUUGGCCCACUCAUGAGGGUAUGGGCAAUGCGUUUUGAGAGCAAACAUAGUUGCUUCAAAAGAUGUACAAGGCAUCUGAAGAAUUUCAAAAAUCUGUGUUUGACUCUUUCAGAGAGGCAUCAAAUGUUUCAGGCCUUUCUUUCCGCUGGGUCAGUGAGUCCUCCAGCCUUGCAAAUAAAAGAUGGAUCACCAUUUUACUCAGAGCUUUACAGUGAGCAAGUUAAAGGCACAAUUCUCCAUUUUGGCUUCACUGAAAGAAAUACAAAAAAUCCUGGUGAUGUGCAGUAUAAUGGGAUAAUUUACAGAAAGGGCCAAUUUGUUGUCACUAAGAAUGAUGAUUCAGUGGAGUUUGGUGAAAUCAUCCUCAUUCUUGUGAAAGAUGAUUUUGCACUUCAUUUUCUGAUGAGAGUGUAUGAUGGGGAAUUUCUUUCACACUACCACAUGUACUGUGUAAAAAACACUGGAAGAUUAGAAUGCAGACUUGUUAGUGAACUAAUUGACAUGUGGCCUUUAUCAUAUUACAUAAACAAUGGAUACCAUAUUGUCCCAUUGAAGCACAGUCUCUUGUCACACUGAAUCAGCAGGCCAGAUAAUUUGGUCUGUCUUUACAGAUAUGGCUGAAUCACUGCAGAUAAGCAAUGCCAUAGCAGCAGUGCUUCCAGAUCUUCCUGAUCAAGUUGUCAAGUCAGUAGAAGAUGCUUUGAAGACACUUGGUGCAGUAACAACAGAUGAUUUGAAGUACAUUGCAGAGGGAGACUUGCUGCCAGUAUUAAAGCCCAUACAAGCCAGAAGACUGGUUGCUGCCUGGGCCCAAAAGGACUCAUUCACUCCAACUCCAGCCCCGGCAUGUUCCCCUCCAGUGUCUCUCCAAUCCUCUCUGUCCUCAGUCACUCCCUCACCAACAUCAUCCACAGCUACAUCAUCACCCUCAGGAAGUUAUCGACCUGCGCCAAACUGGAUAGACAAUUUUCAGAUACCAUGGCAGAAGCUCUCUGAAGAGAUAUUACAGAGUUUGGAAAGACAGAAAAGACCAAGUCCAAAACUACGACGAGAAAUGAUAAGGAUUGUGGUCUCUGAGAUGAUCAAGAUUUGUAAGAAUCCAACCAAACACAACACCACAGAGAUAGCAAAAAGGAUGGUGGCCAGGUAUCCAAAGUCUCUUCAAGAUGUGAUUGAUGGUGAUGUUAUUGGACUUGGAUAUCAUUCCCUGGCAAAGCAACUCCAGUCAAGAGUUGAAAAUGUCAAACGACCUGAAACACCAAAGAUACAGAAACGCAAAGCAGCAUCAGAUGAUGACACAGAUGAAAUAUCAGCUGAACAAAGAGCCAGUGUUCAAGACACCUAUGGCUGUGUCAACUGGAUGCCGAAACAUCUGCCACUCCCUGAGACUGUGGAGAGUCAGCUAGAAAAAAAAGAAAAAAUGAAGACAUUUGAAGAUAUGAACUACAAUUCAGAUGUUGUGAAAGACUUAAUCAAGUCCACAUAUUUCACGCAGCGUAAAGAGAUCAAUAAUGGUGCUAGCAUCCAGAAAUUAAGCCAGGAUUGGCCAUUUUUGUUUAAGGAAGUUGGUAUGGCAGCACACUUCCAGGAACUGACUGGCGUGAGUUUGAUUGUGUCCUUCCUUGCCAAUGUGGACAAAAAGGGGGCACGUCUCUUAAACUUCUUCAAACGUGUUGAUGCACAUAAACACAAACAAGUUCUGGAUGCUCUUCUUAAGCUUGAAACUGAAAGAGGCCAGUCCACUGGUUGCUCAGAAGAGGUCAUACAGAUGGUGCUUCUUUUAAUGGCUCAUUUUGAUGAGAAGGAACAGCAUCUGUUCCAUUACGUUGAGAAGACAAGCCUUGCUGAGGAGGUUCAGAUGGAGAAUGUGCCACCAACACCCUGCCUUAUUGUGUGUGGGUCCUCCUGCUUUGCCUCUGAGACAUUUAUGUUGAGCAUCGACAGAAAGGUCGUCAAUGACCACAUCACUUCCUUCACAUCUGCCAUCUGCCUGAUGUUUGGCAGUUACUACUGCCUGAACAUACACUACCCGGUGGAUCUACGGUCUACACUGGAGUUCCUCCAACGGUGUUUCUUUUCAAUAAAUCCUGAGAACGGCACCAAAGUCGAGUGGAACAAGAAGAGAAAAGUGUUCUCAGUCAAUCCCAGAGUCCUCACUCUGAUCUCAGACCUGGCUGACCAUGAGUGGACCUUCCAGUGAAGUUGAGGGACAAUAUGAUAAAAGGUACACUCGAUGUUAUACACACUGCAGAUAUAGUGUUGUGUUUUUGUUAAGUUUUACAAGAAAAAAAUUUGUCUGGUACACUUUGUACAUGUUCAGCGUUACUGCACUGGUUUUGUACUUUCACUUAAGUGUAAAGGUAUCUUGUUACAUUGUGUAAGUAAAGUGUGUUCCGCUUACUACACUGGUUUUGAAAUUGGAACAGUUUAUUAUGAUACAUUUAAUUAACCUCACUGUUUUGUUCCAAUUGGGCUUGCUGUAGAUGAAGUAUGUGGAUUUAACAUAGUGCUUUCAAUUGAACGCCCCAUAGUACUUGGUACAUAGUACUUACGCUGGCCAACCAUCAGUAAAUGGAAUUGAUUACAAUGUUAAACUCUUUUUUUUUCUAUGCUCUUUUUCAUUCUAAGAUAGUUACAAUUUUGAUUCUCUUUUUUGAGCCAUGCUU